UUUUUAAAAAUUUCGCUGUUUUGUCGAAUUUAUCGAUUAAUUAUUUUACAUCACCCUGUAUUUUACUCCUUCGUUUAAUUUCUCUCUUCUUUUGUUUGCAUAAGAUUAUUGUUAGUAUUAAAAAGGAGACGAAAAGAUUUGGAAGUGGUCUGAUGGGUGAAUUCACAAUCGGCAUCGUAAAUUUUGCGUCUUUUUUCUCUUCUAAUCGUUUUAAUAGUAUGUAUGGUAGUGGUCCACCUCGACGAUCGGCCCGUUUUUCUCUUUUUUUUUUUUAUUUCGUUUUCAUUAUUCUUUUAAUUGCCGAACGUUUGUGGCGUGGUGGUGGUGGGUGUGUUGUUGAGAGGUCGCCCAGGACUUCUCAGUUUGGGCAAAGAGUCAAGGUGAUGUAUCGAAUUUCUCUCUCUCUGGUUUUGUUCGGAGGACAACAAAGGAUUUCUCUCCUGUUUAGUAUUUAGUUGUUGUUGAACUUCAAAAUGCAUAGCAGAUGUGCUCCUCGUUUGAAUACAAAAAAAUUGCGAAAAAGUUUCAUACCGAAACACAUUGUACAGUAGAAAUCGUUGAACUUUUUUUUUUCGAGUUUGUACAGUCUUAAACGAAAGUUUUUGGUCACAAUUUUUCUUUUUUCAGUCGAUUAUUCUGAAUGAGAUAUUUAUAACAGCAGUGUGCAUUUAUUGUUACAAGUGAUAGUGAUUUGUUAUUAUAGAAAAAAAAACAAUUAAAGUGUAAAUAUGGCGACCAUGUGUUUUGGUCCUCCACCGUUACCACCGAACAAAAAGUCGCUUUAUAGUAAGCGCAACCGAAAACACAGUCAGCCGUUUCUGUCGUCAACGUACCAUAGUUUCCGCGAUCCUAUCGAAGAAAACGAAAUAAUCGCGAUCACCCUGGACGACCCUCCUGAGACGCCGCUGUUUCUUCGCGCGAACGGUUCUAUUAGAAAUAAUAAAAAACUCGCCCAUUCUAACUCGUUGUGCAGACGUCACCAGCCCAAAAUUUCGCUUGUGCGCAGUAGUUCCGAUGGCCACUUGGACAAGAGGGGUAGAACAUCUUCAUUUGAUGAAACGUCGUCCUCGUCUUCGCCCAUGACGAUCAAUAAAUACAUUAAAAUCCUAAGUGGAAGCUGGAAAAAUCUGCUUAACUUAGGCGGCAUGUCUCGGCCUCCAAAGCCGGCGGCAACCGCAAAGAAAGUCGCUCCUCCAGCCGUACCCCAUGAGUUCCGACACUCGGGGAGUUCCUUCGGGUCAGCGGGAUACUCCUCGUCAGAAGAUGCCGUCUUCUUGGUUCCCACAGACCCACCAGGUGUGCCUAGAGAUGAUCACUCGGACUAUGGUAGUACCGUUAGCAGUGGCACGGGUAAAUCCCCGGGACCAGUCUACCCGGCUCCUAGCUUUACAUUCCCGGGCCAGCCACCGCCGCCCGGCAAUCUCAUCACCCAUCAGAAAGCUGUCUACUACCACCAUCAACUUAGUCUUCAAGAGGACCAGGGUAUCGACAUGACGCAAUCACCAGGUAGGGAUAGUCCGGGAUCGUCCAGUGGUAGCGCGGGUUCCGGUUCGAGACAUAGUACUGCUUCGUUGGACAGCGGUAGGGCUUCGUACCAUCCAUUGAGUAACGCUGGCAGGAGUACCAUUGGGUCGUCGAGCAGCCCGCGAUGUUCGUUGAGUUCCUGCUCGCUGGGUUCCGAACAGGGACGCGUCGAAAGGAUGAUCCUUCAAGGCCUGCCCGACCAAGAAAUCAUACACGCGUGGCUGUUGGAUCUUCAGUACGAAGAAUACUUUCCCCUAUUCAUAGCAGCUGGGUACGACCUUCCAACAAUUGGCAGGAUGACGCCGGAAGACCUUACGGCGAUCGGAAUCACCAAACCUAAUCAUCGGAAGAAGCUCAAGACCGAAAUAACGCAACUGAAUCUUCCCGACAACCUCCCAGAUUACAUACCGGGUUCUUUGGAAGAAUGGUUGCGAUUGUUACGAUUAGAAGAAUACUUGCCGUGUCUUCUGGAUCAGGGAUACAAUUCCGUGGACGACGUCACCCAGCUGACGUGGGAAGACCUCGAGGACAUUGGCAUUGUCAAGUUGGGUCACCAGAAGAAGAUCAUGCUGGCCAUCAAAAGGGUCAAGGACAUAAGAUCGGGGAAAAGGUUUAAUUCGAUGGACAACAGUCGAGUGCAACAGGAUGUGGUGGUGCACGCACCCUUGGGCCCGCCCUCACCUGGCGUCCCCGCAGUCCACACCACGUUCCACUCUUUCCAUCAGCCCUGGGAGAUCGACCAGACCCGACAACUCUACUCUGGCACACACUACUUGCAACCAAUGUAUUGCACUGACAUUGUUCCCAUAAAGAUAAGAACAGGCCGAGGUAAGUCUUUGGAGUCUCUGGAAGAUCCCAACGAAAGAACGCAUCAUACGUUCAGUCCUGACAACACGCAGGUGUUCUAUUACCAGCAAUUUUCCGGAUGGCGACCACGAUCCUAUGACGAUGGAGAUAUAACACCUACGAACGAAACGUCGUUACUGUAUGAAGGUGGGGGUACUCUGCCUCGUCCUCGGGGUGUCAUACGUCCCAGGCCAAUCGCUAAAAUAACAGCUAAAGCAAGAGAAUCGUUUCCCGACUUCGAAAAACCUCAAUUCAACCCCGAAAAAUACACUACUCCUCAAUACAAGACUCUAGCACGGGAUUUGAUUGACACUACGAAAUACCACAUUCAAUAUGGUAGUCCAGUGAUGAACAAGAAGAUACCUCCGAGUCCUCCGAAACGUUUCGACUCAUCGUCAUCAUCCCAGAGUCAGGAGACGACGACGGUCGAAGUCCACCACGUCCAGACGUCAAGUCCCCUGCCCCUCCCGGCGUAUCCCAGUUCCGAUAGUCUUAGUAUUUCUUUGGAUAAUCAAGGAGAGUUGCCGCUCCCUCCUCCUCCUGCACCUGGCACUCCUCCGGGUUCGUCCUGCCAAGGAAAAAUCAAUUCCUCAAGGUCUUGGUGCUCGGAAGAACAAGAACUCAUUACGUCCUUGGCCUUGCAGCACAGGAACGGUUCCGAUGCUAGCUUUAAGUCAAGUUCAAGCACAGAGUCGGAUUCAUUGCCGUUCGCGAAUGAAAAUGCGGGUACAAUAAAGACGAGAGCGGCUGCCAGACCUGCCGAGUGUUCUCCGGCGAAACCGCGCGUCGUGUUGCCACCCCAACAGGGCGUCGGAGUUUCUACCCCUACGAGGCAACAUCACCAACAGCAGCAGCAGCAGCAAAAAGCACCACCACCUCAACGCACAGAACCCGCGGACGUCCUUAACGACAUCGGUAACAUGCUGGCCAAUCUGACCGACGAAUUGGACGCGAUGCUCGAGGAGGAAAAGAGGCUCGAACAGCAGCAACAAUAAAUACCUAUAGACAGAUGAUGAUAAAAAAAGACUGAAGGAAAAGAAGAAAAUCGAAAACUGACGAGACAGAAACAGAAAAGAGUAAAUAGAUAAAGGUAAUUGUAAUAAUACUAAUAGUAAUAAUGAUGAAUGAUAAAAGUAAUGGUAUUGAUAGAUAUCGCAUUUGCUGUGAUUUCGACAGACAGGUUUAUUAUACAUUAAUAUUGUUGGUUUGCAUUCCACACAUACAUACAGAGAACACGUACACUCAAUUAUAUUAUUAAUAGGGUAAUAAGUAAUUAUUAAAAUGAUUGGUUGAUGCGAUAAAGAUGACGACUAGUUAGAAUCAAUCAAUCAAUCAGUCAGUACAUUUUUUUGCAUUUACUCUACAAAAUGAACCAAUAUAACUUAUAAGUAAUAAGUACUAUUUACUGUUACAAAUAAUAAACUUGCUUUUUAUACGACGUAUUCAUCAUUACAUAUGGGAUGUCCCACUCUUCGGUUAAGUCCUAAAUAUUACAUUUACACCAAUUUUAUUAAUUAAUUUUUACUUAUCAUCUUUACUUUUUGAGAUAUUUCGAAUUUAGUGAUAACAGUUAUGGAGUAACCAUGUAUUAUGUUUUGGUUACUGAAGUCUGUUUUUUUUUCCUCAAUAUUUUGGUUCAUUUUGUGGGUCAUAGUAGGACUCCUGUUGAUCUCUCUCUAUUGCUAUCUCUCGAAUAUCAAAAAAGAAAAUGGGGAGUAUAAACAAAUAGGAACAUUUUUUUAUAAAUGUUUUUUUUGUAAAUAAUAAUUAAAAUCGCCCCGCCGAUAAUUAAUUAAUAAUGAUCAUGUAAAAUAUAGUCAGGGUAGUUGUUUAGUUUAAAUAGAUGCAAGAGUUUUAAUGAUGAUACUGACGAUGAUGAGUCUUUUCUACUUAAAAAAAAAAAAAACUAAAA